AUGACUCGUGUACCGUUCGGUACGACUUCAAAUCCGUUUCUUUUAUCGGCAGCGAUCCAACAUCAUCUGAAGAAAGUCGAGGGACCCCUUAAAGAAACGGCAGAGAAGCUUAGGGAGUCCUUCUACGUAGACGACUUGCUAACAGGUGCUUCUACCGAAGCAGAAACCAAACGACUGUACACUGAAGCGAACACCAUCAUCCAGUUGGCUGGGAUGGAUUUGAGAAAGUGGGCGUCAAGUUCAGCAGUUCUCAGCCAACGUUUCCAAGAGCACGACGACAGGUGUCCUGGAGGGUAUUACGCAGCGACGACAGAACUCGGUCUCCUAGGAUUGCUGUGGGACCGAGAAACGGAUCAACUGAAGCUCUCUCGCAACAGCUGGAGCCUGUUUUCAAGAGGGAACACGAAACGCGCCGUACUGAAGAUUGGGCUCGACUGGGACGAAGACUUACCGGACGCGAUGGCUGAAGAAUGGGCGUGGCGGCAUGGUAAGCUUCCACAGAUAAAAAGCAUGGCAAUACCACGCUACCUUUGCCAAGGCAUCGGAUACUCGUCCAGUCAGGUCAAGGUGCAUGUGUUCACGGAUGCUAGACCGGCUGCGUACGGCGCGGUAGCAUACAUGCGGACACAGGAUGACUGCGGGGAAAUUGCGGUAGUCUUUCUUAUGGCGAAGGCACGAGUGUCACCUCUGACAACGUUGACGCUGCCACGUCUGGAACUGAUGGGAGCUUUAAUCGAAUGCAGACUUGCGAAGACCAUUCGUGCAUCUCUCACGCAUCAUAUCAUCAAGUUCUACUUCUGGAUAGAUUCAAGCAUCAUACUGUGCUGGAUUCAGCUGAUCAGCUGGAUCAGCACUGCGGUGGAAACAGUUCGUCAAAAACAGAGUCACAGAAAUACAGGUGGAGACGGAUCCAGUAGCAUGGAGGCAUUGCCCCGGGCAGCAAAAUCCAGCGUAUCUUCUAACCAGGGGAGAGACGAUGAAGAAGUUGCUAGACGACCACAGAUGGCUGAAAGGUCCCGAAUGGUUCGCUAA